CACUCGAUUCAAAGGAAAAGAAGUGGCGGGCUGGGUGGCCAAAGUCUGGCUUCCUGGAUACCGGAUUCAUAUUUUUGGAGGAGGAAGUGGCGAGGUGUGUGGGAGCUGGCAACCGCCAACACCUUCAACGGAUUAUGAGACAUUCUUCAUCCAAAUGGGAAUAUAAUAAGAUUCUAUCAGUCGGCAUCCUAAUGACAGCAGACCUUGUACACCAAUUUAGACCCCGGAAUGGCGAGGACGACACGAAAAGACGCUUGGUUUAACCCCCCCUUUCUUCGGGAGGAUUAUGAGACAUUCUUCAUCCAAAUGGGAAUAUAACAAGAUUCUAUCACUUGGCAUCCUAAUGACAGCAGACCUUGUACAACUAUCCAUGAGCCCUGAUUUUCCUCACUACAGUUUCAGGAUGCCAAAUAUAGGGUUUCAGAACCUGCCCCUUAAUAUCUACAUUGUUGUGUUUGGGACGGCUAUCUUUGUCUUCAUCCUAAGCCUCCUCUUCUGCUGCUACUUAAUAAGGUUACGACACCAGGCACACAAAGAGCUCUAUGCAUACAAACAAGUCAUUCAGAAGGAAAAGGUCAAAGAGUUAAAUUUGCAUGAGAUAUGUGCGGUGUGCUUGGAGGAGUUCAAACAGAAAGACGAGUUGGGGAUUUGUCCGUGCAAACACGCAUUUCAUAGAAAGUGCCUCAUUAAGUGGCUGGAGGUGAGGAAGGUGUGCCCGCUGUGCAAUAUGCCCGUUUUACAGCUGGCCCAGCAGGCCGGCACCACAGAAGCGCCUGUGCCAAUCCAGCAGCCUCUGCCCGGCAUCGAAAACCUGGUCUAGUAGACUGAAAGCCAACAUGAUGGUGACAUGAUACACACACGUACAUGAACACUGACAGCUGUACAGGUCCACUUUGUUGGGACAAACACUCUGAGCCAACUUCUCUUAAUCUUCACACCGGCUCAUAGAAGGAUCUUUCUCAUACCCGCUGCGACUGGACUUACUUUUCUUGCUCUUCAUGGACAUGGAAGGAAAGUUGAUGUUUUUUUCCCCGCCCACUCAACAUCACACAUGGUCUUCUCACAACCAAAUAACUUUUUUGAGGACACCAGCUGAAGAGCAGAAAAGAAGAAAAGCAAAACAGCCAUGAGCUACAAUACAUAAUCAAAUAAUUUUUUAUUUUAUUUUAUUGUAUUUUAUUUUAACAAGCACUUUACGAGAAAUCAAGACUUUAUUGCUUGUAGUAGCAAGGUAUUUUUUUAAAUAUCUUAUUAGCUAUUACUUCCGUCUUCAAUAUUUAGCCACCUGUAAACACUGACUGCUAUGAUAACAAAUCUUACAAGGGACAAACUAACACUUGCUUUGAAGGAAACUCAUCUCGGGAACUUAAAGGGGACUUAUGAUAGUUGUAAUCUAUAUUAAAAACACUUACCUGUCUAACGCAGGAAUCUUUGGACACCUCACAAUUCAAUUCAGAAUCGAUUCUCUAUUCAACACGAUUCUUGAUUCAAACCGAUCCUCGCAAUGUAUUAUUUGGUAUAGUAAUCUUUAUUUUUUUUUGUCCUGUCCAGCUUCUCAGGCAAAUCAUAUUGUUGAUGCAGAUGCCCAUAUCGGCUGUUCAGAUUUACUUUACAAAAGAGAAGUGUAGGAUACUUCUCUUGUUGCCGUAUUUGUAUUUGACUUUAUUAAAUGUAUUUAUAUUAUCAUUUGGUGCAGCCGGGCCGUAGCAGGAGGGGAUAGAAAGAGGAAAAAAAGGAAGACAGAGGGGGAAAUUGUGGGGACAAGAGGGGAUUAGACAAAGAGACAAAAACAACAACAGCAAACAAAACAAUAACAACAACAACAACAACAAUAGAGCAACAUCAGCAAAUAGGAUAUGUACAAAUAUGAUGGUAAAAGUGAUGGCAAAGAAGCAGUUAGCGAAAUAAAUAAUAAUACAGAAAUGACAAUGAGCAUUUUUACACUACAAAUGGAGCAUUACAAAUACCUUGGUAUAGUAAUUAUAAUAAAAGCUUUUCAAAACAGGUUACAGGUUACAAAACCUCCUUUUGGUUGCUGACUAAUUACUUAUACGCGUAGUAAGUAAACAUGAAGAUGGCCUAAAAGAUAUAUUUUUAAUAAUUGAUUUUUUUUUUUAAAUGUAUUAAUACAAAAAAAAAAGAUUUAAAACAAUUCUAAAUCAAUUCCUUCAUAAAAUAGAUAAACCUCUGUAAUAAAUGUAAAUAUUGCUAAAAAGAAAAUUGGUUUUGUUUAAUAAAAUUCUACCCAAACAUUUAGAAAUUCAAAUACAAAUAAAGCAACAAGCAUAGUAUCUCAGACUUCUCUUUUCUAAAGUAAAUUUGUACAUCUACAGCAACAAUGUGAUUUGCCUGAGUUGCUGGACAGACAGAUUAAAAAAUAAAGAUUUUUAUGUUUUUUUAAAUGAUUAAGAAUCAUUACAAAAAAGAUUUGCGAUUCAUUCGAAAAUCUUUUUUUUGUUUUUUACACCUGUCGUUCACACACAGGCGUAUUUGGCUCGAUUUAAAAGUUUGCGGAUCAAAAAGUUUGCUAAUAAAGAGGUCUUUUUAGUAACUGUUUAACGGCCAGUCCAAAUUUGUUCUGGCCAAUGUGUGACGUCACAAAUGGCCUGGUUUAAAAACAAUGUUUAAAAGCAUCCAAAACCGCACAAAUGCAUGAAAGGUAUGAUUUUGGCCUCAUUUAACAACAUUGUAACAUUAAGUAAAUCAUCAUAGGUCCUCUUUAAACUCAUUUUUGACGUGAAUGAAUGACACACAACCAGCUUCAUCUGUUUAUUUCUAUUUAUUUUUAUUUUUUUAACUAUUGUACUUCCUCAUACAGUGGCUGAGUCGCUUUUAUUUUCUCAACAGCAGGGCGAACCACGGGUAAAGAGACUUUUUUUUGUUUGUUUUUUCUUCAAAUCAUUCAUUCCGAGAAGCUGCAUCUCUCUACGCAGCAGCACAUUUUCAAACCCCACUGUGAACUCCAGCUUUACAGAUGCCACGUCUGCUCUGUUUUGUCUGUUUGAGGUGCUUCGUUUAUUUAGUCAGGUGGACGACGCGCUGGGCGAUUAUUCGGGGCGUGGCGUCUGUUAAAGCGGUGGCCACGCUUUGAGGACAUACAGUAUGUGUUUUGAUUGAAGGACUUAAUUACGUUGUCUGACUGCUUUAAAAAAUAGCUUCAGCACAGUCAUAAGCACAAUUUUGACUUACAAGUUGAUAUAAUGUGAAUAUUUAAACCAGUAUUAAAGAUGAACUCGGGUUUAAGAAACAGUAAAAAAAAAAUGGGAUGUGCUUCAAGCCAUAAAUGAGACCUGCAUACCAACUAAAAAUGUAUUCAUAGUGUAAUUUAGUUGUUAAUUUAUAGUUAAUUACUUUGGUACAUGUUAUGCACCCAAUGAUUGAAUUAAAACUAGCACAUUAGCUAAGACGACCUCUGCUUGAGUCAGCGCCCACUGGUUAUAAUGAAGCGGCAUUUCCAUUCACACACACACCACGCACAGACUCGUUCCUCUUUUAAAGGGUGCAGCAUUCUAGAGUGUUCGCCUCUCGUUCUCUUUAUCUAUGGUACUUUUUGUUUGGGCCUCUAUGCGCUGCUUUUUGUUUUGUUUGGUUAGUUGCUCUCACGAAAAGUGCUGACCUGUUAUGUGAGCAGCCGCAUGUCAGCAACAACAACAAAUAUACAGUAUAAAUAGCCUGUAUUAAAAAGGUUGCUCCACACUGACAAGUGCGAGACAAACUUCGGUUGUCUAGCCACUGACACCAUUUUUCAAGGCAGAAUCUGUAAAGUACACAAAGAUGAAGACAAACACACACACAGAACAACUUGUGGUUAUCACUAGGGAUGUCCGAUAAUAUCGGACUGCUGAUACUAUCGGCCGAUAAAUGCUUUAAAAUGUAAUAUCGGUAACUAUCGUAUCGGUUUCAAAAUUAUCGGUAUCGGUUUCAAAAAGUAAAAUGUAUGACUUUUUAAAACUCCGCUGUGUACACGGACGUAGGGAGAAGUACAGAGCCUUAAAGGCACUGCCUUUGCGUGCUGGCCCAGUCACAUAAUAUCUACGGCUUUUUACACACACAAGUGAAUGCAAAGCAUACUUGGUCAACAGCCAUACAGGUCACACUGAGGGUGACCGUAUAAACAACUUUAACACCGUUACAAAUAUGCGCCACACUGUGAAUCCACACCAAACAAGAAUGACAAACACAUUUCGGGAGAACAUCCGCACCGUAACACAACAUAAACACAACAGAACAAAUACCCAGAACCUCUUGCAGUACUAACUCUUCCGGGACGCUACAAUAUACACCCCGUGCAACCCCCUACCACCCCACCUCAACCCCACCCCCCAACCCCGCCCACCUCACCCUCCUCAUGCUCUCUCAGGGAGAGCAUGUCCCAAAUUCCAAGCUGCUAUUUUGAGGCAUGUUAAAAAAAAAUAAUGCACUUUGUGACUUCAAUAAUAAAUAUGGCAGUGCCAUGUUGGCAUUUUUUUCCAUAACUUGAGUUGAUUUAUUUUGGAAAACCUUGUUACAUUGUUUAAUGCAUCCAGCGGGGCAUCACAACAAAAUUAGGCAUAAUAAUGUGUUAAUUCCACGACUGUAUAUAUCGGUAUCGGUUGAUAUCGGAAUCGGUAAUUAAGAUUUGGACAAUAUCGGAAUAUCGGAUAUCGGCAAAAAAGCCAUUAUCGGACAUCUCUAGUUAUCACUGAUAGUUUUUUCUGUGUUUGAACAAAAAAAUUUUGUAUUAGCACUUCUUUUUUUUUUAUUAUCAUGUGGUUUAUUGCAUUUCUGAGUAUUCACGUGCAAAUGGUAACACCUUGUUUCUGGUACGGUAAACCUUGGUUUAUCGCUGUUAAUUGGUUUCGGGCCUAACCGUGGUAGAUUCAUUUCCGCAAAGUAGGAAAGCAUCGACUAUUUUCAUAGCCAGAGCAUUAAAAAAAAUGGCUUCGGACCUUUUAAUUAUUUUAAAGAGCCCUCUCGACAUAUAAUAACACCCACAUCAUCAUCAUUACACUCUUUUAAUCCAAUAUACCGUAUUUUUCGGAGUAUAAGUCGCUCCGGAGUAUAAGUCGCACCGGCCGAAAAUGCAUAAUAAAGAAGGAAAAAAACAUAUAUAAGUCACACUGGAGUAUAAGUCGCUAUUUUGGGGGAAGUUUAUUUGAUAAAACCCAACACCAAGAAUAGACAUUUGAAAGGCAAUUUAAAAUAAAUAAAAAAUAGUGAACAACAGGCUGAAUAAGUGUACGUUAUAUGACGCAUUAAUAACCAACUUCGAACGUGCCUGGUAUGUUAACGUAACAUAUUAUGGUAAGAGUCAUUCAAAUAACUAUAACAUAUAGAACAUGCUAUACGUUUACCAAACAAUCUGUCACUCCUAAUCGCUAAAUCCCAUGAAAUCUUAUAUGUCUAGUCUCUUACGUGAAUGAGCUAAAUAAUAUUAUUUGAUAUUUUACGGUAAUGUGUUAAUAAUUUCACACAUAAGUCGCUCCUGAGUAUAAGUCGCUAUGAAAAAAACUGCGACUUAUAGUCCGAAAAAUACGGUAGUAAUGUGUCCUGAGGCUGAGCCAAUCAUUAGCCACGAUACUGAACAGCGCACUCUGAUUGGUUUGGUUUCAUCUAGUGGCCAAUACUACUAUAGUAUUGCCAUUCUUUAGUUCUUUUAGCCAUUUUAUGCUUGAAAAUUGAUCAUUUAGGCCAAAAAUGCGUAGAAUAAGCUUUAAAAAAAAAAAAAAGACGCAAACGUUGAAGUGACUGUAGAUUAAAAUUUCAAUUACAUUUGUAUCAAAUACCUAAAAACGCCAUAAAUCGCCCAUGUUUGAGUGGUGUAUAAUUUAGGAUAAUACAAAAUUUACCAGAAUCUUUUCUGUGUCGCUGGUUGACCUUCGAGUUGUUCUAAUUUCAUAAACUUAAAAUUAUUUUAAUUUGUUAUAUAGUUGGCAUUAUCAUAUUAUAGUUGUAUAGCCUCUGAAUGACUUAAUGGACUGACUAAAACAAGUAAUAUAUUACUACAAUAUACCUCCUGUAUGAAAAAACAUUUUCAAAUAUGUAUUUUCUUUCCAGACGCACCAUCACAACAUCGCAGCGGCCUCCCAGAGCGCACCUUCAACGUACUAAAAAUAGAUUGUUGUCUAUAUCAGGGGUUAUUAACCUUUUUGACCUCGGGGCCCAACUUUUCCACCACAUAACGCUGAUUUAAUAGUCUUACUCUUGAUUUCAAUCAUAUUCAAUUACUAUAUCUAACCUAAUUACGGUUUAACCUGACAACGCUUGUAUGUGUUAAUCACAACGUCUAUUAUUUAUUUAACACAUAAACCUUAGGCUUAGGUCAGGCUGAUUAGCGAAAAAAGUACUUAAGAAGGGAUUCAUAAAUAGCUGAUGAAAAAUACAUUUACAUACAAUUGUUGGGCUAAAAUAUUCUAAAUGAAUACUACAUAUGUUUCUAAACUAAACUUUCCAAAAAAUGUAAAUGCAAAUGAAAAUACAGCUUCACCACUUUAGUCAAAAUGUUUCCGCCUAAAAACUUCAACUCUUUGACUUUAACUCAAGACUUCUGUUUGUCUGCGAUUGUCAUCGCUGCCACAAGUUGUGGAAAAUUGUAUUACAACUGAGUACCGCUGCUGCUCAUAAGGACCACAGCUGAAAAACAGCUAUUUUUGGCGGCCCCACGGUGAGCCUCUGGCAAGACACUGGUCUAGAUCGCGCCUCAAUACAACCUUUUUGGUUCAUAUCAUAUUUGUGUGCCGCAUGUCAGCAACAUGACAAAACGCCACAGGUUGGACCAAAUGAUGUCAUGAAUGUGGAGGGAAAUGAGUGUCUCCGCGGUGAAUGUAACAUCUAUUUAAAUAGGUUGGUCUGCAAUACAUUAGUACUUGUUAUUAAUUAUACAUGCAGUCUUAGUACUGUAUUUUCCAGACCAUAAAGUGCACCUACUAAAUUUUUGAAAUGAUUUUGUUUCCAUAUAUAAGCCGCGCCAGACUAUAAGCCACAUAUAUCGUUGUGAAAUGAGUUUACACAGAAAGAUUUUCUCCGUUUAUUUACUUACCUUAAUUGAAAAAAUGUUUUCCGGACUAUAGAGCGCAAUUCAAGCCGCCCGCACAAAUUUAAAAAAAUGUUUUACAUAUAUUAGCCGCACCGGGACCAUAAGCCACAGGUAUAUACCAGUACGAAAGAUUUUGUAAAUGUUUGUUUACAUACCUAAAUUGUUUCCAAACGGUGCCUGUUUCAUGACAAAAAAAAAUGGCGGCUCAAACAAAACAGAAGUCAUAUACUGAAACAGACAUUCGUAAACGUUUUAGCAUAUUAGCUCAUGUUAAUGACACUAGCUUGAUUACAUUACGAUAACACGUACAAAUAUGCAUGAAAACACAUGGGACGGUUUAGUAAGUAAGAAUAGUUUUUGUUAUAUUGUAAAACUUACAAACGUUGCUUGAAGUGAUGAUUGAAGAAUCCAUACGAGUAGAAACGUUAUGGGCGAAUAGAAGAUGGUACGGCAAUUAUACUUCCACUUGAACGCUCUAAGACAGGGGUCCACAAACUGAUCCGGCCCCCCAGCAUCCAAAAUCCGGCCCAUGGGAAGUCCCAAGUUAAAAAAAAGUGUUUUAAUUAUUUUAUUUUAUUUUUUAUUAAUUUUUUUUAAAUUGUAUCUUUCCUUUCUAAUCCAUUUUCUACCGCUUGUUACUCUCUGUGUCUCCUAGCCGCUGACAAUGUUAAAUGUUGAUGAACAUCAAUGUUAAUUGAUGUUAAAUGACAAAAGGGAUUAAUUAGCUGGAAUAU